UAAUAGUACCUGACUUUAAAUUAGUAUUUAUAAGAAAAUUUCAGAUAAAAUGAACUUUAAUUCAGAACUGGAGCAGAACAGGCAUAUAGGAGAGGCAGAUAUAAGGUUUGAAAGUUUGACUUUGGUGCAAAUUAUCCCUGUGGAGCUACUCAGUGAGGAGCAAAGAGAUACAACUUAUAUAGUUGAAUCUGAAGCAGAGAAGGCUGAGGAAGAGGUGUGUGAUGAUGAUCAAGCUGAACCUGCUAAAUCAACUGAAACAAGUCUUCAGCCUUUAAAUUAUAAGGAUCUCAAAAUGGAAAACGGAAGGUUCAAAUGCCCCUAUUGUGUAAGAAGUUAUUCAAAGAAAUAUAUAGUUCCAAGACACAUAAAGCUGUUCCAUGAGCAGAAAAAGGUGACCUGUCCCACAUGUGGAGCUGAUGUUAGAAACCUGGCUCAGCAUCAGAAAAUGCAGCACUCUCACAGUUCUUCAAUAAAAUGUCUAGUAUGCCUUCUUAUUCUUCCUUCAAAAUACAGUCACAGAACACAUUGUCAGGAGGUACAUGGGGAUAUUUGUACACCUCACACAGAGGUUAAGAAGAUGAUAUGCCCAGUUUGCCAAAUUAAGGUGAAGAAUAAGCGAUCUCUUUGGCAAGCUCACGUUUAUUAUCAACACAUGGUUCCACAGUCAUUCUUUUCUUGUCCUAUUCCUGACUGUUCUGGCAGAAUCUCAAAAAUCCAGGAUGAAUUCAAUCUGAGAAAACAUCUCUCCAGUGUUCAUAAUCUGAUUCCUGAUCAAAUACUCUCCUGUCCAACCUGCCCAGCCCGAGUUCUUAGUCCACACGAUCUUAAGAUUCACUCCAACCAACAUGUCGACAACGUUUUCCCAUGUCUUCAAUGCCAAGAAAAGUUCAGCUCCUUCAGUUUAUUGGCUUUACACCUUUUUCAAGAGCAUAAGUGCAUUUUUAGAGGAGAGUCGGAGAUAUAUGUGAACAUCUCUACUAAUAUCAAUAAUGGCGUAUUAGGCAGCAACUCAAACAGUGACAGGAUCAAUACCUAUACAAAUAUGGACGGUGUUAAAGUGUUUAGUCAGAUCUGUGGUGAAGAAGAACAGUUCUUUAUUAUUGAUGAAGACAGAGAUGAUGAUCAGAAUCCAGAAGAAGCAGAAGGAGUGGAUACUAAACCUGAAAUUGAUCCUGGAAAGGUGCAAUCAAUAAAUCAACCUUUUAUAGCUCUAAAACCUAGCAGAGAGUCUUACAAGGAUGAUAUUCUACUUUAUCGUCCUAUUAAGUUUGCAACUGGUUUUCCUCAGCCAAGAGUUUUAAACCAAAGUUUAAAAACUGAUCUUACGCUAAUAAAUGGGGCACAGGUCGUGAAAAAAGAAGCGGAUUCAUUAUAUAUUGAACUGCGCUCUAAUAUCAAGAAUUGUAAUGAAGAAAAAUCUUCUUCUGUUCUUGAAGUUAAAGAAGAAAACAAAGAGAAAAGAAUAAAUUUUGAAGAAGAUAAAAAAAUGAAUUCCUUUAAAAUGCCGUCAACUCUGAAAAAAGCGAAAUUAACUUUGCACCCCCUGGAACCCAGUGACGCACUGAAAUCUAUAAGAAAACUUGAGGCAGAGACAACAGCUCAAGAACAAGAAAAUAGUUUGCCAACUUCAAACAAAGGCAAUUUUUCAUGUCCGUGGGCCGGCUGUAAGAAAUCCUUUGUUCAAAAGUGUUCAGUGAAUAUGCAUAUAAGGAAUGUUCACCAAGCAAGACAGGUUCAGUGUACUGAAUGUGAGAAAGUCUAUUCUAAUCUAGACAAUUUGAAAACGCACAUUCAGGCAGUACAUGAACGAAAACCUACAGCGUGCCCCAAGGUUGGAUGCAACAAGUUGCUUUCAAGCAGACGACAGAUGCAGAGCCAUCUGUUGAAACAUUCACAAACUAAGAAAUCCUGCACAAUUCCAGGAUGUAGAGCUGUUUUAAAAAACAUGGUUACACUAAACGGACAUAUUAGAAAAGUCCAUCGAUUGAAAACAAACCAAGAAAUAUCCAAGAAAAUAUUAAAUCAGAAAGACAAGAAUUUAAGUGCUGCUUAUCAUCCAGGAGUAGAUGUUCAUAAAUUAAAUGAAGAAACCAAUUUAGACAUGGACUCUGUUAAAAUUAUCGAAAACACAUCUCCAGGAAAGCAAAUAAUAGUGAUAAAGAAAGAAAAAAGUAAGAAACCUAAUGAAGCCACAGUAACCACCUAUACGUGGAAACCAAAACCUCAAGAAGAACAUAUUAAAAAGCUGAAGUGAUAAUUAAAUAUAUUAUUUUGUAUGAAAAAAGUUUUAAAAUUCAAGAUAAUGUUAUACUUGUUUA